CGUAUCGGCUCGAACUGACCGCAACCGAGCUCCCACCCGUCCCGCCCUCUUCGCGAGAGGGUAUGCUGAACUGAAGCAUGCUGGGGCUGUUGGCGCGAGGAACGGUGAAGGCCACUCAAAGUUAGCUGAUACGGUGACGAGCAUUUGAGCUUCAGCACUGCAGCCAGGAACGAGCAAGGAGUGAUCGAUGGGAACGCAAUAACGGCGCGCAUCAAAUCGCAAGUUAUAGCAGACUUCUGGUCUAGGUUACAAUCGUAUGUGUGUCUCGGUGCCAAACCGAGGGGGUGGGACCGAGUCUCGCCAGGCCACCCUUGGAUUGAGCGAAGAGCAGAUGGAAGUAUGAAGCUGAACAGACAACGAAGUGUCAUAAUGGAAGAGGAGGUGGAGUGAUGGCACCUAGUAACAUGUUCGGUAUGGCGGGAGGAAGCCUACUAGAGCUAGAGUAGGCCGACGGCGCUGCAGGCGGCACGCCCCUGGGGGUCCAGAGCAGGGUGUUCGUUCUCCACGUCACUGGCUCGUGAACUGCGUCAGCAGGUCCCUCUUGUAACCAAUGCAAUCUAAGCUGACAAGCUAGGAGCCUCCGCCACCACACAGUCCCAGAAGUGAUGAACCCUAGCCCCAGCAGUCAUCUGAGCCCCACACGGGCAUUUCUCCACGCGUCCAUCUGCGGCCCACGCCGCAAGCAUCCCAAAGCCCGUGAACCCAUUGACUGCCAGACGCCAGAGCGGUUCCUUGUGUCGCGGCUCCCACACCAAAGCCCACAGCCGCGCCAGGGCCGCCCGCAGCGCAUGAAUCGCUUCCGCUGGCGGCGCGGCGCCGCUGUAGGCCUCUUGGAUGAAGGCCAAGUGACGCACGCGGAGCGCGUCGUACGCAGGCGCAAGUUGAAGCUGGGUUGCCUGCUUCACCGUAAGGGUCAGCAAGGGCACGUCAGCCGCGCCAUGCCGCCACCCCAGGCUCUGCGCAAGCAGCAGCCAUACCUGGGGGGCAGGAGCCACGAGAUCCACUGGAGCCUGGAGCUCGCGACGGCGUCCUGCAUUCGCAUUCACUAGCAAACACUUCGCAUCCACUCCGGCGUUCGACCACGGCAAAUUGUUUGCCAUGUGCUGGGGUCUGGGAAUCAGCUGCACCCUACGGAAAUUCACC